AUGUCUCAAUCUAACCAGGAAGGGCUGUUCAAGGAGUCACUGAGCCGAUACCAUCUCCCAGCCUGGUUUCUGGAGCGCAAUGUCAAGACCUCUUCUGAUCUGGAAGGCUCUGUUUCUAUCUGCCAAUGCCAAGGUUGUGGAAACUACAAGAAACUCUACGAGGAUGAGGAGACAGAAGGUCAAGCCCUUGGAAGCGAAUCCACUGCGGAUGACCCCAAACCAGAGGAAGAAUCACACACCAGCACUGAAAAGCACGACUACAACUGUGAAGACGCCAUAUCCUACGCGAAGUUCUCAGAGCUACGCGAUAUGGUGGCCACGAACAUGCUUUGGCGGCAUAUGCGGCCCCAAGACUCAUCCGUUCUGCUUCGCCGCUGCGCGGUAUCGGGGUGCAGUACCUGCCCGAUGGAGCCCGUGCACAUGGACGAAAUCGUUGAGCAAGUAGCCAAGUCAUUAGGCAUGGGGUUGGUGUUGCUCAGUUUUGAGGAUCUGGAGGAGUUGGGCAGUGAUUUUCACACCCAGGACAGGGGAUUUGCUGUCAGCGGGGGUGUGAAAAAGACAGCAGAAGAAGAGUCUACUGAGACAAAGGAGAAGAAUCCCUCGAAAACGGAAAUUUCGGCCGGAGAAGACACAACAACUGAAGCCGGUUCCGAUAAGGUUGUGGACAAUAACGCGAAGGGAACAUCCGAUGAAGUCACGACACCAAAAGAGCCCAUCAAAGACGAAUGGAAGGCAAACUGGUCAGAUGGAGCAACGUUCACAGAUCACUUCUUCGCGGCAAAGUCUAAGAAAUGGCAGGAUGAAGCAAACUUCUCAUACUCAGCAUGGCGAGACCGUGCCAAGGAGUCAUAUGCCGCAAUCCUUGACGGUGCCUUAAACAAAGUGGGCCAGGGAAGCAAAGCUCAGUAUGAAUCCGAAGGACAAGACUCUGUGGCCUCGAAUUCACGAGGCUUGGUGGUCCACUUCGUCGACUGUGACCACUCCGGUUCGAGUCUGGAGUACCGACAAAAGAGGAGGGUCCUAGUCAGGCUCGGGGAGCUCGUCCAGGAGAGGCGUGAGAAGGGCCAGGACGUGGUGCUGGUUAUCUCGUCCAGGACGCUGGAGCCAGGAGAGAAACUGUGCCAAAAGGCAGGCGUGUCGACACUCUCGGGUGUGACUCUGUCCAUCGUCAAUCACUCCCAGCAAAAUUCCGAGAAAAGAGAUCUCCAACGCAAGGGAGCCAUCAACACUCGGCGUCUCAGAUGGAUCUUGGAGAGUGGCAUGGCCCCGCCAUCCAGCGCCCGUCCCGAAAUCGACUGGUUGCAGAGUGCUACUGGCGGCGACCUCGCGCGGUAUGGGCAGGAAAUGUGGUCUGUCAACGAUAUUCACCGCGCCGCUGGACAGAUACUGGCCAGAGCGUGGAUCAGGCCUCAGCCUGUGAUAACAUCAAAGCAUGUCGACUCUGUAUUGAAAAGACUAGGUCUGCUCAAGAUUGCCAAGGCGGCUGAAAAGACCGAGGCGAAGGAGGACUCGGGAGAUCCUGAGACGAAAGGUGAUGAUGCAGUUGAGGAAGCUGAAAAGGAUCCAUUGGAUGGCAUCAAGCUGGAUGACCAUGAAGAGAGAUUCCGUGACUGUGCCAUCAAACCAAGAGACCUCAACGUCUCAUGGGACGACGUCAUCCUCGACCAAGACAUAAAAGAGGUGAUCCAGAACCUAGUCCCCUCCUCCAAGCUCGAAGUGGAAGCAUCCUCCGACUUCCUCCUCUCGCAGCUGCGCAUCCGCGGCUGCCUGCUCUACGGGCCCCCAGGCACAGGCAAGACGCACCUCUGCCGCGCGAUCGCGUCGGCCUCGGGCUCGCGCAUGCUCUCGAUCGACUACGCGACGACCCAGUCGAGCAUGGUCGGCAAGGCCGAGAAGUACAUCCGCGCCGCCUUCUCGCUCGCGACAAAGAUGCACCCCUGCGUGCUCUUCAUCGACGAGGCCGACGCGCUCUUCUACCGGCGCAGCUCCCGCGAGAGGAGCUGGGAGCGCUCGGCGACGACGCAGUUCCUCGUCGAGAUGGAAGGGCUCGCGCGGAACCCCAACGCCCCGCUCGUCGUCGUCGCCACCAACCGGCCCUGGGACCUGGACGAGGCCUUCCUGCGGCGCCUGCCGCAGAAAUUCUGCAUCGGGCUGCCGGGCCGCGACUCGCGCGCCGCCAUCCUCCGCCUGUUCCUGAAGGACAGCGACCUCGACCCGGCCGUCGACGUCGACGGCAUCGCGGACGCUACCAAGGGUUACUCCGGCUCCGACCUCCGCAGCCUCUGCGCCGAGGCCGCGCUGGUCUGGAAGAUCGAGCAGGUCAAGCUCGACGCCCUGUGCGGCGGCGUGUCCCCCGCGCUCGCCACCGCGCGCGGGGGGCCCAAGAGGCUGCGCCUCGACGUGGACCACUUCGCCGCCGCGUUCGAGAAGAUGCAGCCCAGCAGGGCCCGGGACACGGCCGACGAGCUGGCGCGCUUCUCGCGCCGGUACAAUCCCGUCCAGGGCGAGCUCGGGAAGGGCAACGGCGGCAAGAGGUACGUCUUCAACGGCGCCAGGGGGAAGAACGAGGCGUUCAGCGUGCGCGAGCUGAUCUCGCGGCCCGCGCCGCCUGAGGAGGCCUCGCCUGCCAACAUGCAGCUCGUUGUCUGGCGCAGCGCGGAGGAUGUGUUGUUCCCGGGUAGAGCGACCAUCGAGACGAGCGAGACGUCCUCUCCAUGUCCAUUAGUGACAAAGGGUGCCGAGGCAUUCUCCUGA